AUGCCCAGCUCGAAGGUGUCCAUUGACAUCCUUUCCUAUGAUGCCAAUAAACCUACGAAAUCUCUAAAUCCCCCCUUGUUGGGUCCACUGGGAUCACUCAGCGCUUGCCGGCACCGACUGGCUUUUGGAGGAAAAGGGAACGACAGAGCUUUCAAGCUCAGCGAAUACACAGUGAGCCCGUUAAGUGAGCGGAUCAGCAAAAUUCAUACCACAUCAUUCGGAAUUAAAUCUGUUGCCUGUGGUGCUGAGCACACCCUCGUACUGUCGGAAGAUGGAGGCCUAUAUUCUACUGGUAGCAAUGAGCAUUGUCAGCUGGGCCGAUCGAUUUCUGAAGGCUCGAUUGAUUCCGAGCUUGCUCCUGUUGCUUGUAUGCCCGUGGAGCCCAUAGAGUCCAUUGCAUGCGGGUAUUUCUGCUCAUUCGCCGUUACGGUCAAUGGAGAGCUUUGGGCGUGGGGAGAUAACAGAUAUGGUCAGCUAGGGAUACCAUCAUCGCAUGCUGAGAGCGUUCAAGAGCCAGUGAUGGUAUCGAUAUCGCCAACCUUCAAGUCAAACAAGUAUCAUCACGCUUCGCUCAUACCUGGGUUCGAAGUCGAGAGCCAAUCAACUGGCGUCUACUGGGA